ACCUCUUGGCAUCUAGCACGUCAUUUGUCUUUGCUUUUUCAUCAACAUCCCAUCUUCACUGACACAAUUAACUGAAACUCUGACUUCUGUUUCAUUUUCUCUCACUAAAACUCAUGACCACAGCCAAGCUCUUACUCCUCGUCCUUUUCUGCUAUGUCACACGCGCCGCCGUCGCCGACCUCCCCGGCGCGUGGGAGCUUCUCAUCCCCGACGCCGGCAUAGCUUCAAUGCACACGGCGGUGACACGUUUCAACACCGUCGUCCUCCUCGACAGGACCCACAUAGGCCCCUCAAGAAAACUCCUACCCGGAAACCUCUGCCAAGUCAACCCGGCUGACCCGCCGACCAAAGACUGCACCGCACAUUCAGUUCUCCUCGAUUUACAAACCAACACCAUCCGCCCAUUAUCCAUUGUAACCGACACGUGGUGCUCCUCCGGCCAGUUCCUCCCCGACGGCAGCCUCAUCCAAACCGGCGGCGAUAUGGACGGUUUCAAAAAAAUCCGGAAGUUCACCCCCUGCGAACCGGGUUCGCUCUGUGAUUGGGAGGAACUGCAGGAGACCGAACUGUACCAAGGAAGAUGGUACGCCACUAAUCAAAUUCUACCAGACGGAUCGAUAAUUAUAAUCGGUGGAAAAUCAUCCAACACUGUGGAAUUCUACCCGCCGAAAACCGAAAUCGGUGCGGCGAAUUUCCCAUUUCUAAUCGAAGUUCGAGAUAAUCAAAUGGAUAAUCUCUACCCCUACGUUCAUCUUCUCCCAAACGGAGAGCUCUUCAUUUUCGCCAACAAUAAAGCCAUAUCAUACGAUUAUAAUUCAAAUUCCGUAACAAAAAAUUAUCCAAUUCUCGAGGGCGGUCCGAGAAAUUACCCUUCGGCGGGGUCGUCGGCGAUGCUUGCUUUGAUCGGCGAUUAUUCGUCGGCGACGGUCGUCAUAUGCGGCGGAGCUGAGUACGGGGCGUAUUUGCAGAAGAAGACGGAUAGUCCGGCGCGUGGGAGUUGCGGGCGGAUCGAGGCGACCCGACCCGACCCGGUGUGGGAGAUGGAGGAUAUGCCGUUUGGGCGGAUCAUGGGUGAUAUGGUAAUUUUACCCACUGGUGAUGUGCUGAUUGUUAACGGAGCUCAAGCUGGGACGCAGGGUUUCGAGUUGGCUUCUGAACCGUGUUUGUAUCCGGUUCUGUAUAGACCGGAUCAGCCGGUUGGGCUCCGGUUCAUGACUCUGAAUCCUGGAUCUGUUCCUAGGAUGUACCAUUCGACGGCGAAUUUGUUGCCGGACGGGAGGGUUCUGAUAGCCGGGAGCAAUCCGCAUUUCUUCUACAAUUUCAAUUCUGAGUUCCCGACUGAACUGAGGAUCGAGGCGUUUUCGCCGGAGUAUCUGGCCGCGGAUAAGGCGAAUAUUCGGCCGACUCUGGUGGAGUUGCCGGAGAGGAUCGGGUACGGGGAGGUGUUCGAGGCGGUGAUGGCGGUGGAGCUUCCGGUGGUGGGGAUAGUGGAGGUGAAUUUGGCGAGUGCGCCGUUUGCCACACACUCGUUUUCUCAAGGGCAGAGACUGGUGAAGCUGUUGGUAGAAACGCCGGCGGCGGUGGACGGUGGUGGGAGGUAUAGCAUAAAGUGUACGGCUCCGCCGAGUGGGAAGGUGGCCCCACCGGGGUAUUAUAUGAUGUUUGCUGUUAACCUAGGAGUGCCAAGUGUGGCUAAGUGGGUCCAGUUAGUAGCUUAACGUUAACUUUACAUUUUAUUUAUUUGUAUUAUUAUUUAUUCCUCUUUGAUUAUUCGAGUUAAAUAUAAAAACUGAAUUGCUAA